UUUAGUUCGUUUUAUUUACCUCAUUACACAUACAAUUUUUAAGCACCACACACAUUUUUUGAUUUGAAGACAUGGCUUUGGAGGCCAUUUGCGGUAUGAAUCGAAAGCCCUAUAUGCGACGCUUUGAUGACUUGCAAUCGGAUUGGCAAAAACAGCAAAUUCGAGAGGCCACCAGUAAUUUUGAGAAUCCCUAUAGACUGAUGGCUCCACCCUAUGAAGAGCCAGCGGAAAAUCUGCCAAAGAUCCUGGCUCAUUGUGAAGUUAAAAUGGAGUUUGAUCAUGGCACCACCACUUUGGGUUUCAAGUACCAAGGAGGAGUGAUUUUGUGCGCGGAUUCGAGAGCCACAUCUGGCCAAUACAUUGGUUCCCAGACGAUGAAGAAAAUAGUGGAGUUGAACGACUAUAUGUUGGGAACUUUGGCAGGUGGAGCUGCCGAUUGUGUCUACUGGGAUCGAGUUUUGGCCAAGGAGUGCAGGUUGCACAGACUUCGUUAUAGGAAACGCAUGACUGUGGAUACUGCUGCCCGGAUUAUUUGCAACAUCUCCACGGAGUACAAAGGCAUGGGUCUGGUGAUGGGAAUGAUGUUGGCUGGUUUCGACGACGAGGGUCCCAAAUUAAUUUACGUGGAUUCGGAAGGCAUGAGGUCACAUGGGAAAGUCUUCUCAGUUGGCAGUGGUUCUCCUUAUGCCCUCGGGGUCUUGGACACCGGAUACCGUCAUAAUCUCACCGAUCAGGAAGCCUAUGAUUUGGCCAGACGAGCGAUUUACCAUGCCACCAGUAAGGAUGCUUAUUCAGGAGGUAUCGUUCGUCUUUACCACAUUAAUUCGGAGGGUUGGAAAAAUAUAUCUAAUACUGAUUGUGCCGAUCUGCAUGAUUUGUAUUGUGAAGCGGAUAACAAGAAUUGUCCCCAUAAUGGCGAAGAAACUAAUAAGGACAUGCCCAGCACAAGUGGAUGGACGAAGAGAUACAUUACCGAUGACAAUGUACAGACAAAGCUAGCAGCGGUAUAAAAAUUGCAACAAUAAAAGUUUAAAUUAUGUAGAAGUCAUAACUCAUUCGGAUAUAUCAAAUUUUGUAUAAGUAAUAUUGUAUAAGAAACCUUUUGCGAUUGGAAUAUUUAUUCAAAAUAUGUAUUAAAUAUUUAUACGUAUCAUGAAAAA